GCGGCCGAAACUCCUGCUGGUGAGCCCGAUGAUGGUCGCAAGAAGCCGAAGGCGACAUCGCUGACCGAGACAGUAGACUUCUCUCCCCAUUCCUCCCUCCGAGAGGACUGCGCUCGCCGGAUGCUUCAUGAGUUGUCCGGUAAGCUUAUUGUCCCGCCUGAGUACACAGAGGAGGAAGACCCUUCCACCAGACACUGGGUUGGAACCGCUGCCCGUUUCCUUCUUGCGGCUGGCGUUGGUUUGUCCCAAAUUGGGAUGACCAACGAGAAGCUCCAUAAGGCGAGCUUGCGCGGGGAGGUGGAGGCGGAGAAGUUGCGAAAGAGGAUAGGAGAGUUGGAGGCG